AUGAUCAAUUCAUACAUUCAACCCAUUGUUAAAGAUUAUUUAUGGCAAAAGGAUAAAUUUCAUUUAUCUAUUGUAUAUGAUCAGAAUCAUGAUCCUCCUUAUCCUUUCUUAUUUGGCGCAAGUAGAUUUGGCGAUUGUAUUAACGACGAAUGGCUUAUUGUUUACCUCUUAAAAUCAAUUUCUCAACGGAUUCCCGAUUCAAUUAUAUCAUUGUUAGACAAUGAUGGCGAUGUUUUGUUAAUUGAAGCUGCAUUAGCGUUACCACCCUGGCUUGAUCCUUCCAAUAGUCAAAAUCGAGUUUAUCUCUAUGAUGGAAAUAUUCAUAUUAUUCCUUUACCAACCUCGCCUGCUGAUAUUGGACAACAGGCAUUAUCAUCGGGUUCACUGUUGCGUGAAAGAGCUAUUAAAUACAUUCGAGAUCAUUGCGAAAGGACAUUAGCUCCAUCGGCCAUUCAACAGUCUAUCGAUGAUCGUCUUCUUGGGUAUCCCUCCUGUAUUCAAGACGACGAGAUACAUUGCGCACGCUGUAUCAUGCCUAAUUUAGCUGUAUUUGUUUUAUUAACUGAACCUCAGUUAAUCACAUUGGCGAUUGAGGCCUUUUAUUUGCGUGAUCCUUUAUCUAUGAAAGCAUGCGCAUCUAUGAAAAUAUUUAAUCCCCUGAAGGGAACGACAGAGACUGUAAUUAAAUUCACAAAAACAACCUAUGCACAAACUGUCCAUCAAAAAUUUUAUGCACCGAAACCGUUUCGCUUACCAUCUGUCAAUGAGAGAAAGAAAUUUAAAUACGCUGAAUUAGGCAUGAAAGUAGCAUGUGGUUUAGAAAUGCUUUAUUACAAUCAUGCAAACGAUGUUAAUCAUACAGAAGAAGAAUAUACAGUUGAUACUUAUCCAUUUGAAAAAGAUAAAAAGUUUGCUGAUUAUAAAAGUCAUUUGCACAAGUUGGGUUAUUUUCGAUCAGAGAAGCAAGGAUCUCAACUCUACAAUUUUUUAAUUCAGCAAUCAAAGGAACAAUAUCUUGCUCAUAAAAGAGAGCAAGAUGGAUCUAAACGAUAUGUAUCACUAAACGACUUGGACGUAGAUGAUGAAGAUACAUUUAGAGGCAGUCAUCCUAUUCUUUCAACAGGUGAAACUAUUCGUCGACGCAUAGAUACCAUUAUUUCACAGUAUUCGACGGAAGCCCUUGAGAGAUUACUUACUGCUAACACACUGACAGAAGAUAGUGAUGAAUGGAUGAAUGUUGAUCCACAACAGUUGGAAGAAUUGUUGAUGAAAAGAAUGGGUCAUUUGCAAGAGAGUAUGAUGACCGAUUUACAGAAGGACUUUACUAUGAACGAUACUAAAGAUAUUGAUUUACAAUCCAUCAUGUCAAGUCUCGAAAAUUUUGUUGAACAUAAUAAAAGUGGGAUUGAGGGAGUAGAGUUUCCAAGUCAAAUGUUAGAGAAUGAGGAUGAAGACUUCUCUGAUGAAGACAAUGAUAGUUAUGAUGAAGAAGGACCCAUUCAAUUUGAUGUUCAAAGGUUUAUGGAUAUAUUAAAGGGUAAAUCACAAGAAGAUGAUUUGACUAAAGUAAUGGAAGAAAUGGAUCAAGAAAUUUCUGGUCAUGACAAGAUAAGUGGAUCAUUUGAAAAGAUACCAACAAGAUUAAACCCUGAAGAAGAAGAAGAAGAAGAAGAAGACAUAAACGCGCCUGUUGACGUACAGUUGAAUCUGGUAAAGAAUGUAUUAGAAAGUUUCAAAAGUCAACAGGGAUUACCAGGUCCUGUAGGCAAUAUGCUCAAUCAAUUUGGAAUCGUACUUCCAGGUGAUAAUGAAGAGGACGAUGAUUAA